ACCCAACACCCCUCGGUUUCUCCUGUCUUGUGUCAGAGAGGGGAGGUUCUUCCGAAUUUUUUCUUACUUCGAAUUCUGCUCCCCUACGCAAUCUGGGUAUUUGGAUUCGAACUACCUCUCGUUCUUCCGCCAACCUCUAUUACCCCCCGCCUUCCUCCAUUCGUUUGCUGGCCAGAACACCCUCCCCGCAAUAGCCAGCUCCGUCGCCUCACAAUCUAUACCUCCAUCUUCCCCUGCCGCUCCUUUCCACUCCCACCAUGGUUCGUCUGAGGGAAAUCCCCCGGACGGCCACUUUCGCCUGGUCUCCUGGGGCUGCCUCGCCAUUGAUUGCUACUGGUACUCGCGCUGGCGCUGUGGAUGUUGAUUUCUCCAAUCAAACGUGUCUGGAGCUCUGGGACCUCAAUCUGAGCCGCCACGACGCAGGCGGCGAGCUGCAGCCGGUAGCGAAGAUUGACACUGACUCCGGCUUUAACGACCUAGCAUGGACAGACUCCGAGGAUAUCUCCCGCGGAGUCAUUGCGGGUGCUCUGGAGAAUGGAUCCUUGGAUCUGUGGGAUGCGGACAAACUGCUCAGUGGCUCGAGUGAUGCCGUUAUCUCGAGGACCAAUAAACAUUCAGGGGCUAUCAAGGCUCUCCAAUUCAAUCCCAGACACUCCAACUUACUGGCUACCGCCGGUGCCAAGGGCGAGCUGUACAUUUCGGACCUGAACGACAUUGCGAACUCCUCGAGACUCGGGGGCACGGCUGCCCGCGCGGAUGACAUUGAGUGCUUGGAUUGGAACAAGAAGGUCGCACACAUCCUGGUCACUGGUAGCAGUGCAGGUUUCGUUACCGUCUGGGAUGUCAAGACCAAGAAGGAGAGCUUGACGUUGAACAACAUGGGCCGGAAAGCAGUCAGCGCUGUGGCCUGGGACCCGGAAAAGCCCACGAAACUCGUCACGGCCACGCCACUUGAGUCGGACCCCUUGAUCUGUGUCUGGGAUCUGCGUAACUCUCAUGCCCCGGAAAGAGUGCUUCGUGGCCACGAAUCCGGCGUCUUGUCGCUCUCCUGGUGCGCUCAGGACCCCGAUCUGCUCCUUUCGUCUGGAAAGGACAACCGCACGCUUUGCUGGAACCCUCAGACCGGUCACGCCUACGGCGAGUUCCCCGUUGUCACAAACUGGACUUUCCAGACGCGCUGGAACCCUCACAACCCCAACUUCUUCGCCACUGCUUCAUUCGACGGCAAGAUCUCCAUUCAGACCAUCCAGAACACCAGCACCGAAACUGCACAGGCGAUUGCCGACCAGAACCAGGCCCUCGAUGGCGAGGACUUCUUCGCCAAGGCCCAGACUCAGCCUCAGGUCUCCAGUUUCUCCUUGCCCAAGGCUCCCAAGUGGUUGGAACGGCCGUGUGGCGCAACCUUUGGUUUCGGAGGCAGAGUCGUCUCCGUCAACCUGGUUGAGAAGGGCCAGCGUGCUUCCAAGAUCAAGAUCACCCCCUUCGAGGUUGACGAGGCAGUCGGAAAGUCGACCGAAACCUUUGAGAACGCGCUCAAGGAGGGUGAUCUGCGCAAUAUCUGCGAAACUCGGGCUGCCAACGCCACCAGUGAAGAGGAAAAGGCUGACUGGAAGGUCAUUGAGGCCUUGAUCUCGGCCGACCCCCGUAAGGGUCUGAUUGAGUACCUCGGAUUCGCGGACCAGGCUGACGAGGCUGCUGAUAGCUUGGCCAAACUGGGUUUAAACAAGGAGGAUGAGGAAGAGGUUAACGGCGAGGAGCCCAAGGAAUCUCGCGGGUCGGGAGGCAAGAAGCAUCGUCGCCUCCAAUCCGUUUUCGACGCGAGCGGAGACGCGGACAAUUUCCUGUCUGACUUGGCUGCAUCCAAAGGUGCCAAGACCAACAACCCCUUCCACAUCUUUAACGGAGAGGAGACCGAAGCGGACACUGGCAUCACCAGGGCGCUGCUCCUUGGCGACUUCGAGAAGGCCCUUGAUGUCGCACUCAAGGAGGAUCGUCUCUCCGAUGCGUUCAUGAUUGCGAUCUGCGGAGGCCCGAAAUGCAUCGAGAAGGCUCAGGAGCACUACUUCUCCAAGCAGACCAACAGCCCGAACUACGUGCGUUUGCUUGCAUCAAUUGUGGGCAAGAACCUUUGGGACGUUGUCUACAAUGCCGAUUUGUCCAAUUGGAAGGAGGUUAUGGCAGCUCUGUGCACUUUUGCCGACGAGAAAGAGUUUGCAGAUCUCUGUGAUGCUCUGGGUGACCGCUUGGAGGAGGAGCUCCGCAACUCGGAUGACAAGGCUCUUCGCAAGGAUGCUUCUUUCUGUUUCUUGGCCGGUUCCAAGUUGGAGAAGGUUGUCGCCAUCUGGAUUGAGGAGCUGCGUGAGCGUGAGCAGAAUGCCAUUGAGGCCUCGGCUGAUGAUACUGCCUUCUCCAUCCACGUCCGCGCUCUGCAGAGCCUAAUCGAGAAGGUGACCAUUUUCCGCCAAGUCACCAAGUUUCAGGAUACCGAGCGUACCAAGGAAUCGGACUGGAAGCUCAGCACGCUGUACGACAAGUAUAUUGAAUAUGCCGACGUUGUCGCUACGCAUGGACGGCUGCAGGUCGCGCAGAAGUACCUCGAUCUUGUGCCCGAGAAGCACCCCGAAGCCGAAAUUGCGAGAAACCGUAUCCGCUUGGCAACGAGGCAAGCUGCUCCUCAACGGGCUCAGACAGCAAGCAGCGCAGCCGCCAGACCUAAUCUCAACAAGCCUCUUCCUCAGCCUGCUCUGGGCGCAUACCAGCCCACGAGAACCUUCUCUCCCGUGGCGCCUGCUACUGCUCCCAGCCCUUAUGCUCCGGCUGCUCCUGCUGCUGCUCCCUCGAAUCCGUAUGCUCCACCCACUGCUGCGGCUGCUAACCCGUAUGCUCCCCCGGCUGUUGCGCCAGUCAACCCAUACGCUCCCUCGACUGCCGUGGCAUCGGCCCAGCCCACGAAUCCAUAUGCUCCUCCUACCCCGGGCAGUGGCUACAAUCCCGCCGGAUAUAAACCACCACAGGCUCCUACCUAUGGUGCUCAGCCUCUAGGCGGAGGUGUGCCCCCGCCUCCGCGCGCGACCAACCAACCUCCGGCCAACACCAUUACCACGUACACCACAGCAACCAAUCUGCCUGCGUGGAAUGAUCUGCCUGAGGGAUUUGCCAAAGCGCCCACACCCCGUCGUUCUACGCCUGCCACGGCUGCUGCCGCGCCUAUCAGCGCUCCGUUCCCGAAUCAGUCGCCUACCCUUGCGCAAGGUCCUCCUCCUCCAGUUGGAGCCCCUGUCGGCCGGACGCCGUCCGUUCCCCCUCCGCCGAAGGGCGCCGCCCCUCCUCCUAGAGUGAUGUCGCCGCCUUCGGCCGUCCUCACUCCUUCGAUGCCUCCUCCUGCAGCCAACCCUUAUGCAUCACUGCCUCAGUCUCCGCCCUCGGCCAUGGGUGUGCCAGCUUCUAUCCCCCGAGGACCUUCACCUUACAACGCUCCUCCUACAAUGCCGCCGCCUACUAACCGGUACGCCCCGAGCCCCGCUGCUCAAGCCGCCAGCCCCCAGCUUCAAACGCGGGCGCCUGUUCCUCCUCCGCCGCAGGCCGCAGCCUCCCCAUAUGCCCCUCAGCCCGCCCUGCAAUCCUUGGUAGGAAACCAGUACGCUCCUAGUACGCCUCCUUCCAGUGCCCCACCCAUGCAACAGCAUGCGCCACCUCCGCCUCCGGCCGCGGGAUCCCGACCCAGCACCGCAUCUUCGCAGAAGAAGCACGUGCCGGCCGCGCCCAAGUACCCCCCCGGUGACCGGUCUCACAUCCCUGCCGACGCCUUGCCUGUGUACGAGAUCCUCUCGGCCGACAUGCAACGGGUGAAAUCGCGGGCCCCAUCCUCGUUCAAGGCGCAGGUUGACGAUGCGGAACGCCGACUGAACCUCCUGUUCGAUCACCUCAACAACGAGGACCUGCUCACGCCUAGCACGGUAGCGGACAUGGUACAGUUGGCUCACGCCAUUCAAGCGCGCGACUAUGAGACCGCGCGCGCUAUUCACGUGAACAUCAUGACCAACCGAACGGAUGAGUGUGGCAACUGGAUGGUUGGUGUGAAACGUCUGAUCAGCAUGAGCAAAGCCACGCCGUAAAGGUUGAGUAUGUGACGAUCAUGAAUUGUAUGUACAAGGCAAAACUUUUAUAAUUGUUUGACUGUACUGGACGUUUGUCCCCGAAGUCGGUCGAACGGUGGUUGGCCGGCGGUGAGGUAUUCUUUCUACUAUUCUCGCUGUUAAUGUUAGUAUUAUGUUUAUCUCGAUGGAAGUAGAGUAGUAGAUAUGUUUUGUCUUUGCUUAACGAAGUUUGAUGUAGACCAUAACCUUUUAAUUGUGUUUUGCUUCUGUUACAUAGUGAAAUUGGAUGGACA